UGCACUGCGCAUGCGCGCAGCGGGGCCCCGCGUCACGUUGCGCAGCUCCGGUCCAAUCAACGGAAACUUUCCGAACACAGAUUUGUAAGAUGGCGACCGCCGAACCGGAAACCAGCCCUAGUCCAUCCCAGCUUGAUGAUGAUGCACCUGAGGAGACCGGACAGGAGAUCGUGAGCCCAGAUUCCUACAUCAAACACCCCCUCCAAAACAGAUGGUCUCUGUGGUUCUUCAAGAAUGACAAGAGCAAAACAUGGCAGGCCAACCUGAGACUUAUCUCUAAGUUUGACACGGUUGAAGAUUUCUGGGCUCUCUACAACCAUAUCCAGUUGUCAAGCAACCUCAUGUCAGGAUGUGAUUACUCUCUUUUUAAGGAUGGCAUUGAACCCAUGUGGGAGGACGAGAGGAACAAGCGGGGCGGGCGCUGGCUGAUGACGCUCAACAAGCAGCAGAGGAGAUCAGACCUGGACCGCUUCUGGCUGGAAACUCUCCUUUGCUUAGUCGGAGAGGCCUUUGACGACUACAGCGAUGACGUCUGCGGAGCCGUGGUCAACAUCCGCACAAAAGGAGAUAAAAUAGCCGUCUGGACAUCAGACUAUGAGAACCGCGAAGCUGUGACACACAUAGGGAGAGUUUACAAGGAGCGCUUGGGGCUUCCCAUGAAGAUGACUAUUGGCUACCAAUCUCACGCAGACACAGCUACCAAAAGUGGUUCAACCACCAAGAACAAAUUUGUUGUUUGAGAAAUG